ACUACAACCAUUUAAAUGUGAUAUUGGUUGAUUCAGUUGAAAAGGGAAUUGUUUACAAUCGAAUAUAUUAAUACGCUUGUCGAAUGAUGUGAUACGGUUAAUUAAUGAAAUCUAAGAUGGCGGACCUAGAAAGCUCUCUCACAGCAAUGGACUGGCUACCCCGUUUAACCGUCGGCGGGGCUAUGGCUGGUGUCGUGGGUAAAGACGGUGUGUCAAAUGGACCUUUAACUAAAACACAAGGUGGUAAUAUUGCCUUAAGGAAGGCCCCAAAUUCACCUUUAGACACAACUGCAACACUCGAUCAGAACGAUGCAACAAGUCACAGAGAUGGAAAGCCACCCUAUAGUUAUGCUAAUUUAAUAACAUUUGCCAUAAACAGUUCUCAUAAAAAGAAAAUGACAUUAAGUGAAAUUUACCAAUGGAUAUGUGACCAUUUUCCAUACUAUAAAGAUGCAGGAAAUGGUUGGAAGAAUUCUAUAAGACAUAAUUUGUCUCUGAAUAAGUGCUUUUUAAAAGUGCCAAGAUCAAAGGAAGAUCCAGGAAAGGGUUCAUACUGGGCAAUAGACAGUAAUCCACCGGAUGAUCCACUUCCUGCCAGGCAUAAAAAGAGAAAAUUCAUAAUCACAGAUAGGUGUUCACCAUACAGUCCAGAAUCUGGUAGCCAGUCCCUAGGAUCACCACCAAGCUUGUCACAAGUAAAUGUCCAGGUGACAACUUUACCUGCUCCACAACCUAACCUGGUCCAACACCAGACACAGCAGCCGACACAUCAGAUGCCAUUUAUGAAUGGAGGAAUUGAAGAUCUCAGUGCUUCUUUCAGAAGUCUUUAUAAAUCUAUGUUUGAUACACACCAAAAUACUACCACAACUAUAAAUGAUUGGGUUCAAAAUGUAGAUGUAUUAAAGGAAAGCUUACGGCUGGCAGGGUCGGGGAACUUUGACUUAAAUAAUAUAGAUUUAACACAGUUUCAGGGUUUAAUGGACUCCAUGAAGAACCUUGACCAAACUAACUGGGCAGUGAGUCCAGAACAGUUCUCUGAUUUAGCAUCAUCUUUAAAUACAUUCUUUAACCAAGCUGGUAUACCAUUACCCACAACACAGGAUCCCAAUUUAAAUAAUCCAGGGAUGUUUAAUAACAACACAACACUGCCAUCUUUAAGUCCAGCAUCACAUUUAACCAUACCAGACACUCCAUCCUCAGUCAGUCCGUCCAUUAGUCCCAGAUCAUUAGCAGGUUUUAGUCCAGCAUCAAAUCAAGCAGUAAUCGUCCAGCCUACACAAUCUGCACCUUAUAUUGGUAAAGAAGAACUUGAUGAUGAAGAAAUAGACUGGGAUAAAUUGUUGUGAUUGUUAUUGUUGUCAUAUUAUCAUCACAUGACUCAUCAGCUGACAUGUUGUCAAUGUAUCACAUGACUUUAGGGCACAAAAUGUCAGCCAUCACAUAUCCCAACUUCAUUAAUGAUUUUUGUUUUGUUAUGGAUUUUUUUGUUAGAUAUUAUAUUUUAUUAUUAAUUUAUUAAAUAUGUGAACACAAGAUGUAUGAUUUCAGCUGAAAGAAGUUUGAAUGUUUCAUUAAGUCCUAUCAUGUUGAUGAAAAAUAUAAGAUCGUUAUAUGAUCUCACAACUGUUUUAACAUUUAUGUAAUGUACUUAAUAUCAUUGAUAAAUUAUUUAAGUUUACCUUUAUAAUGAUUUUUUAAAUUCUGUCAACAUAAUAUACUGUUGUUGAAACACUUAAUUGUAUACUCAACAAUAGAAGUUGUUUUCUAAUAUGACAGGACACUGUUUAACCCAAAAUUGGUACAAAAAAAGUAAAAUAUUUAAAAACCCUGUAAGAAAUAUUUUUUUUAUUAUUCAUUGUUGCCAUGAAAACUUUCUAAAUGUGAAAAUAUUUUUAAAAGAUAUUAUAAUAUUAUGAAAACUUUUGAAAAAAAUGCCAUUUUAGGGUUUUAGGAACUAUGUAGGGUCAUUUAUUGCCCUUUGAUCGUUGUUAAAAUGCCUGUAAAAUGUUCAACUGAUACUGCUGGAAUCUAGAUUAAUUAUUUCAAAACCGUUGUGUACAUUAGCUUUGUAAAUACUUGCUACAAAGACACAUUCCUUCUGGGAUGAACGAUUUAAGUUGUGUUUUACUGAUAGAAAAUAUUUUUCAGGUGUAAGAUGAAUAGUUUAUAGAACUCAGAGUUCUGGAACAGAAAAUUAAUUAUUGUAAUUUGUCUGUUGAGAUCCGUCCAUUCAGAACAAAGUUACUUGUCCUUUUGCCCUUUUCAGAAAAAAGCAUAUAUGUAAAAUCUGUCCAUUGUUGUAAUGCAUUGAAUAGUUUUAAGUCAUUACAACAACUUUUUUAUUUACACAUUUUUUAUAUAUACACUUUUAAACUCAAUGCUAUUGUCUAAUAAACAAGAUCUUUUGAUAAUAACAGCUUUUUGUGAAGUUGCAUCAAGCUUUUAGAAAAUUUAUGCUUUAACUUGAUAAUUUUGAUUGUAAACAAACUUUUUUUAUAAUGCUUUUUUAGUUGUAUAUUUUGUUUGUAUAUUUAUUUAUAUUAUAUAAUAUUCGUGAUUUUUAAGUGCUCAAGACAUGCUGGCAUGUCAAUUCUUAGAUGUCUGACAGACAAUCAUCUUUUAAUGUUUGUUUUUAUUUCUUCAUAUCACUUGUGCAAUUCUUUCCUAUAUGAUUAUUUUCAUAUUGUAUUUCAAUAUUUCUCAAACAAUGAUUUAAGAAUGUUUUAUUUCAUUAGGUUUUUAAAUUUCUUGCAUACAGAGAAAAAAUAUCCAUUUUGUUCCAUUCUUAAUGAUACUAUAGGGCAUUACAGAUAAAAUAAAGGUACUGGUUAAAAAAAAAAUAAAACAAUUAUUGUUAUCAAAAUAAGAUCAGUGUGUUGUAUAAACCAGGUUUUAUAUCAUGAUUUUAGAAAAUAUGAAUAAUUAAUUUACCUUGAACUUUAAUAUGAAAUUUUAAUUUUUAAUGCAAUUUUUUAAAGAGCUUAUCAUUAUUCCAGUCCAAAAACUCCAAAAUUUUAAAGUUAUGUUUUGUUUUUUAAUAUAAAUAUAAAGUUGUGACCUUCAUUAUUAAAAUUUCUCAGUUAUUGAUGUUAACAUUUUGGCUACCAAGUUCAGUUUAAAACAUCCCAUGAAAAGGAAGCAAAUUGAUGAACGAUUUUUAGUACCAAUACUUUUGUAUAUAUUCUCUCCGUAUAUAUCAUAAAACAAAUGGGCUUUUCCACAGUUUAAAUGUGCUAGCACAUAUCUCAGAGGCAUAAACAAUUUGAAUUGUAUCAGCUUGGCUUAACCAUGUAUGUAUGUUAUUGAGAAAUUCCAGUUUUAAGAAGGUAUACAUGUUAUUGUGUGCUAAUUAUUAACUAAGUAUACAAAAAGAUCUGUUUUUCAGUAUAACUGAACAUAUAUUAAGUACUUAUAGUAUACAUAAGUAUUAUAAUCCUACUUAAGGGUGUAACCCUUGGUGAAGGAAGAUAACUCUUUAAAUCAGUUUUGUGUUUGUAAAAGCCAAGUUCAUCUAUGUAUUUAAGCUCUUACCUGAAACAGAUCUGAAAUAAUCUUUGUAACCCAGAAUCUUAGAACAUAUUUUUGAAAAUGGUUGACACAAACGUACUGAUGAUUUCAAGAGUUAUUUCCCUUAUCCUAGGUCUAUCUCCUUUAAUGAUAAACAUAUUUUGUCUACAUAGUUGUUGAGGCCACUUAUGUGAAACAAAAUUUAUUAACAAAUAUACAUUUCAACUGAUUGCUUGAUAUUAUAAUUGCUUUUUUAUACAGGGUAUAAUUUAAUAUUUAGUUAUGUACACAGUAAUCAUAUAAAAAAACAAAAACUAAAUUUUACAAGUACCGUAUAGAGUAAGGAGAUGUGGUAUGAAAUCUUUUUUAUUUGUUUUUGAAUAGGGAAUAUACCAUUAAAAAUGAAUUUGGAAGGGUAGGAAGGUAACUUAUAUUUUAGAAAUUGGUUGUAGGUCAAUAACAGUUUUAUAUUAUUUGAUGUAGGCUCAAUAAGUGUUAGAAAAUUUGUCGGUUGUAGAGGGGUUCAAUAUGUCUCUUUCUUCCCUCCUUUUUUUCUUUUUGAUGUCAAGGCCUUACAGAAAGGAACAUCAAUCAAUAGUAACAUUGAGCUUGUCAGUUUUAAAACAGCCUUAGUUCAGAUGAUUCUUAAGGAAAUUAUGUUUUAAAGAUUUUAUAAGUUAUAAUCAAAAGUUCUGUAUAUGCUUAAACCACAAUUAGGAGAAAAAAAUCCAUUAUGUGAUAGAAUGUUUUUGUAGAGAAUCUUUUUUACCUGUUUAUGUCAGUUUUUAAAAUGCAGAUUUUUAAAAAUAUAUCAGCAUAUAAUUUCAACAGUUUAAAAAAAUUUGGAAAAGUUAAAAAAAAAAAAAAAAAAAAAAAAAAAGGUGUAUCAGUUUUAGCUUGAUAUUUGAUUGUUUGAUACAGAUGAAUUAAAUUUUAAAAUGCACCAUUACUGAUAAAUGAAAGGAAAUACAAAAGAAGGUAGAAGAAAAUAUUAUAAAUCCAAAUUUAUUAAGUUAUAGUUUCAACAUUCAUAUAUAUAUAUUAAGGGAAGUAAAUCAAGCAAUCUAACUGUUUUAGUUUUUUCAGACAUUCAAAACUGAAUAUAGAGAUGUAACUUAACUUUUAACAUCAGUAGUGAAAAAGUUUGUGUGAAUGUUAAUAGCUGAUUUAUGUUUGUGCAUUAAAUGGCAGCUGUUAUAUAAAUUAUCUGUAGAAUCAGGGCAAUUCACUCACUUACUAAAAUUUUUAUUUCAAAAUUUAAUUUUUGACAGUGUAAAUAAGUUAUUGAACCAUCCACAUCACUUGUAUAUUAUGUCUCUGAAAAUGUUCAAAUCAACAUGUCAACUGUAAAAUUUAGAAUGAACAUAAGUAAGUAAAAACAUAUUUGCUUGCAACUGGUCAGAACUUUUCCGAUUGUAUCAAGAAUCAUAUCUAAUAAAAUCAUACUUGCUUCAUUUUUCAACAGACUUUGAGCUGUCAGAAUGAGAUUUUAAGUUCCUUUUGCGAUAUAUAGUCAGGAAUGACAAAUGCUUUUGACGUAAAGCUAUUUUAACAUUUUUACAAGGUACUGGAGAAUUUUGUCAAAAUUUUAUGAUGGAACCUGUUGAAUUAUAAUUAUUUCAUCACCAAAUUUUUCAUAUGCUUUGACAUCAAACAGAGAAGUUGGAAGUACAAUGUAUACAUUAAAAAUCAGUCAUAUUUUUAAUUGAAAUUAUUUUUUAGAAGUUUUUCAUGAAUACAAAUAUGAUUGCUAUUAUAAACCCAUUUUCAAAUUAUUCUCAUUUUUGGCAUUGCAAUGUGUUUCAGUUAGUUUGGGUUUUAAAAAUAUGCAAGAUGUUUCAAGCACAUGUGAUAAACGGAUAUGGGCUAUUGCAUAUCAUGUUCUCAUUUGCAUAUGCAUAUUGUGUAGUAGUUGAACAAUUAACACUCUAAAAUUGCUUUUCUACUUUACAUGCAAUGAUGCAAAGUUAUAUGUAUAAAAACAUGAAAAUAGUUCAUUAAUUUACCUUGAAUUUGAUAUAAGCAGUCCAUUUUAAAG